UUCGCGGCUGUCAUGAAUACAAUUUAUUUCAUCAUUGAGUAGUUCAUAUUAAAAAGUAUUAAAUUAAUUUUCAAUAAUUGAAAUCAUAGAUCGACUUACAAAGUCAAAGUUUUGCAGUGAUUCGCAUAAUAAAUGACAUGUGCUAUAUGCCUCUUUUGAUGGAAUAAUAACUUUUUAUGCAUUCCUCUAUAAUAUUAAACGUGACAUGCAUUUUUCACAUUAGCGUUAGAUACAGUGUACCUAUACCUAAAAUCCACACUACAGAAAGAAAAGAUCGAGAGAGAGCUUAUCUUAUUCAAGUGCAGCUGUCACAUUAAAAUCAAAAUGAAUACCACGGAAGACAAUGACAGUUCUUGCAACAGAUACGGAAAAAAAGAAUAUGAGGAAGUCAACAUUCCAGUUCCUUGGGGAUACAUAAGUGGAGUUUGGUGGGGUCCUUUGGAUGUAAGGCCAAUAGUUGCUUUACAUGGCUGGCAAGACAAUGCUGGGAGUUUUGACACCAUUGCACCCAUGCUGACGUCGAAAGAUGUUGCAGUUCUAUGCUUAGAUCUGCCAGGCCAUGGUCAUUCCUCUCACUUCCCGCCUGGUCAAUUUUACUAUAUAUUUUGGGAAGGAGUUAUUUUUCUGCGUAGAAUUGUUAAACACUACAAGUGGGACAAGGUGAAACUAUUGGGACACUCUCUUGGAGGUGCUAUUUCAUUUUUGUAUGCAGCUUCUUAUCCUGAUGAAACGGAGUUUGUCAUAAGUCUAGAUAUAGUGAGCCCCAGUGUGAGGGAUGUCACCAAGACCGUGGGAGUUACAGGUGCUAACAUUGACCAGUUUCUCAAGUUUGAAAACUUAAUGCCUGAUAGUGUGCCUUGCUACGAAUACAGCGAAAUGAUAGAAAUUGUUGAAAACGCAUACGCCAAAUCUCUUACAAAAGAAAGUGCAGAAAUAUUAAUGAAAAGAGGAAUGCAACAAUCCCAUACACCCAAGAAAUACUGUUUCAGUCGGGAUCCGAGACUAAAGGUUUCACUGCUGGGUAUGCUGUCAUUAGAUCUGGUAAUAGCUUAUGCCGAGAGAAUCAAGUGCGCUUAUCUAAAUAUUCGAGCCGUACCUGGGAUGAAGUUUGAGCAACCAGAGAACUACGAUAAAGUCUUGGAUGUUAUAGAAAAAAAUUCUAGAAAGUUCGUCAGCCACAAAGUUGAUGGAACACAUCACGUUCACCUCAACAAUCCUGAAAGGGUUGCCAAACCUAUCAAUCAAUUUCUAAAAGAUCUAUAUGACUGAUAGUAAAUACGUUUUGUCGACGUCACGCACUGGUCAAUAGAUAAUACAAAUAGAAAAAUUAUAACGGCUGAGGGAUAUAUUGUUAUUACAAUUUACUUCUCGAUUAUCGGGUCCUCAGUUAAAAAGUAUCAUUCCAGUGAUAAAACGUUGAUCGUUUUUAUUACAUUGAAAAGGUUCUAGACAAUUUAUUAAUUUACUUUUAAUCAAUGAAGAGCGCAUUGUUGCACUUUUUUCAUAACAAUACGCUCUAGAGUUUGUUUUUGUUUGACAACUUUGUAAAAAGCUAAAAUCUAAAUAAAUAAU